AUGGCCAGCGUGUCGCGGUCCGGAAAAAGCAGCGAUUCCCGUCGACCCUGGACCCUGAUCGUCCCGGAUGAGAAAGGUCGAGAGUCCCGGACCCGCGGGAGUGCAGGGGCGCUGGAGGGCGUGGGUUGGCCGCAGUCCCCAGGUUCAGGGGCGGCAAGCGCCCAUCGUGUGCAGGAAGCCCAGGCCGGGUGUGAGAUACAGGUGGCAAGCCCAGCGGAGGAAUUGGUGCUGAUAUUGGAUGACGGAAUGGUGGCGGCUGAGGUGGUGAUCGGGGAGGAGGAAGAGGACGGCGGGGGGGCGACCGAGGAAGAGGAGCUGCAGCAGCGAGAGCCAGCGCUGCGUCCUGCCUCAGCCCAGGACCCACUGGCAGUGCUGGAGCGUCUUCAGCUGGAGAUCAGCGCUGGGAAUGCCCAGGAUUCCAGGGCCUUACGGCGGCUGAAGCGCAGGAUUCUUCGGAGGCGGAUUUCUCACCUGGAUCACAGAAGGGCCGUCAUCAAGCACAUCCCUGGCUUCUGGGCCCAGGCGGUAUCCUUCCUUGUGCUGUUGUCGGCCAUGAUGGGUGCCCAGGACAAAGACGUGCUCAGCUACGUGGUCGACUUGGAGGUCAGACCGGGGAGGCUGUGGCUGGGGGCCGUCCCGUCGGGUGUGGGAUUUGGGCGGGAGAGGGUGGAAGAAGUGGGCCAUCCCAAGUACCGCUGCAGAGUGAUGUUUUUCUUUGGGGCCAACCCGUACUUCCGGAACCCAGUGAUCAUUAAGGAGUAUCAGCUUAGCUUUGCUGGCUACAGGGCAUCGCAUUCCACUCCAGUCCAGUGGUUCUGGGAUUAUGAACGUGGAGCUCCCAGUCGCAGGCAUGACCCCACCAGGCUUAACUUGUUGAACUGGCUGUGUGAGCACAGCUGCCCAGGGGCGAACAGGAUUGCCGAGAUCAUCAUCGAGGACCUGUGGCCCAAUCCCCUGCAGUACUACCUGAGGGAGGAAGGGACCAGAAGACAGUGA